GGCCAGACUACAAUUCUUCUGGAAAUAAUUAAAACCACACCAUAUACAUACACACAGUCACAUAUAUAUCCACAAUACGGUCAAUACCCCCAUUGAUUUCUUUCGGUUAUAUCGCUGAAUAUUCAUAUAAGUAUUAUCCGUAUAUUCUCUCAUCAUUUUUAUUGUUCACGGACAUUCUCUUACAUGGGGCUCUCCACACGCUUCUCUACACAAGAGAGUGGUGUUCUUGCAAGUGUGAGAACCUUCCAUCUGCAGUGGCGCCAAUGAAGGCACUUUGAUGGAUAAGUCAGCAGAAGAGGGAAAAAGAAAGAAAAGAAAUAUAGAGAAAUUGCAUGUGUGUAAUGAUGUCUACUUCAGCUUGUUGGCACCUCCAAUUAUUAUAGUUUUUUCUUGGUGAUUGAUUCUGUAAAACCAAUUCGACCUAUCCUAUCUUCAUCAAAUUUUGAAAGAAUGUCUUCCAAAAAAUUGCAUGGUAGUGGUUCAGAGAAGUCUCUGCCAUUUGAGGAACAGCAAGCUAAGAUCAACGAGAUCAGAAAGCUGAUCGGUCCUCGUGCCGACAAGUUUCCAAUAUUGUGUUCAGAUGAAUCAAUAUUAAGGUACCUCCGAGCAAGGAACUGGAACACAAAGAAGGCAAGCAGGAUGCUCAAAGAAACCUUGAAAUGGAGGCUGGAAUACAAGCCGGAGAAGAUAAGAUGGGAACACAUUGCUCAAGAAGCUGAGACUGGAAAAAUUUAUAAAGCUAACUACUGUGACAAGCAUGGAAGGCCUGUUCUAAUCAUGAGACCGGGUUUCCAGAAUACAAGCUCGAUAGAUGGACAAAUCAGAUACUUGGUAUAUUGCAUGGAGAAUGCCAUAAUGGAUUUAAAUCCAGAUCAAGAGCAGAUGAUCUGGCUAAUUGAUUUUCAAGGUUGGAACAUGGCAUGCAUAUCGGUGAAGGUGACUAAAGUAACAGCUAAUGUGUUGCAGGAUCAUUACCCAGAGAGGCUGGGCCUUGGAAUCCUCUACAAUCCACCUAAAAUCUUCGAGUCCUUUUGGUUGAUGGUGAAACCAUUUCUUGAGCCCAAGACACACAAAAAAGUGAAGUUUGUCUACUCCGACGACCCACAAAGCCGAAAGUUAAUGGAAGAUCUUUUUGAUAUGGACAAGCUGGAAUCUGCAUUUGGUGGGAAAAACUCAAGCGGGUUUGACUACAAAGCUUAUGCGGAACGUAUGAUAGAAGCAGACAAGAUGAGGUCUGAGAAUCUAGCGACUUCUGGAUGUCCGUCUCCUUCACCAUCAAUUAUGUCGGACUUUGGUUCUGAGCUUUCUGAGGAAGGUGGAUUUUCAUCUAAUGACGAAAAUGCUUCGAACUUGGAGGGUGUUCAUGAGAAGACUGAAGAACAUCCCCCUGGAAGCAAAGAAGUAGCGGGUGUUGUCACCAAAGAAACGAAGAUUGGUGAACCAGCAUGAGUUGUGAAUAUAUAGAUCUUGGUUAAUCAUUUUAUUUUAUUGUAUUUUCAAAUUUUGUACGAAUGACAAUUAUUAACCUUGUUAGCUGAACACAAUUUUUUCCAUGAA